GCAAAACACAGCGCAAUUCUUGUGAACAUUCUCUCUUUUUUAUUUUCAUUCUCCACCCUCGUGAUGAGCUCACAGGGUCAUGUCGUUUUCUCUUCUCAAUGCACCAAUAUCCAAAUCCAUAUCCUACCCUUCUUUUCUUCAUGAACAAGUAGUAUAGCUAGCUAGAUAUACCUUCUUCAACCUUAACACCCCAAAAGCUCUCUUGAUCCGUUAAAACUGGGAAAUACAGAGGAAUCUCGACAAUAUUGUCCAUUUGAUGGCGAAGUUUCCCACGUUGGUUUUCUCGUUCCUUGCCGGUUUUUUAUGCUUUCUGAUUCAAAACUGCAAUGGAUACAACGGUAACAACAUUGCCGCUCAACUCAACGACGACGUUUUAGGCCUCAUCGUCUUCAAAUCAGACGUACAAGACCCUUUUUCCCAUCUCUCUUCAUGGAACGAAGAUAAUGACUCCCCAUGUUCAUGGAAGUUCGUUCGGUGCAACCAGAAAACCGGCCGAGUUUCGGAGCUUUCACUAGACGGCUUAGGCUUAUCUGGUAAGGUUGGAAGAGGCCUUGAGAAGUUACAGUUUCUCAAGGUACUGUCCCUCUCAGGAAACAAUCUCAGAGGUGAUAUUAGCUCAAAGCUUUCUCUUCCUUAUGAUAGCCUUGAAGUACUUAACCUUAGCCGAAACAAACUUUCGGGUCGAAUCCCAGCUUCGUUUAUGGACAUGAAAUCUAUUAGAGUUGUUGAUAUUUCCGAGAAUUCAAUCUCAGGACCUCUUCCUGAUACCAUGUUUGGUCCCUGUCUUUCUCUGCAUCAUCUUUCUUUGGCUGGGAAUUUGCUUGAGGGAUCAAUACCUCAAACACUGUUCAAAUGCCUCUCUUUGAAUAGUCUCAACAUUUCCAGUAAUCGAUUUUCUGGAAACCUGGAAUUCGUUUCCGGGUUUUGGUUGUUGGAGAGGAUUCGAACUUUGGAUCUCUCUAAAAAUUUCUUUUCCGGGUCGGUUCCAGAAGGGAUAUCAGCUUUGCAUUACUUGAAACAGUUUUCAGUACAAGAAAACCACUUGUCUGGCUCAUUACCUUCAGAUAUAGGACUCUGUACACACUUAACCAGAAUCGAUUUCAGCAGCAAUCAACUCUCCGGGACAUUUCCGGAGUCAUUACGGAGACUAAACUCAUUGACCCUUUUCAACAUAGCAGACAAUAUGUUGAGUGGUGUUAUCCCUCAAUGGAUUGGUGAGUUGAGGAAUCUGGAGUCAUUGGAUUUGUCCAAGAAUGACUUUACCGGAAGCCUCCCUUCAUCAAUGGGUGACUUGAACUCACUUAACCACUUGACUUUAUCUAAUAACAAGCUCAUUGGAACCAUUCCAAGCACAAUCGGUGACUUGACCAAAUUAUCAGUAAUCAAAUUGAAGGGCAACAGCUUCAAUGGGAGUAUACCAGAGAGUUUGUUCAAUCUAGCUUUGGCAGAAGUCGAUUUUUCAGAGAACCAAUUCACAGGUCCGAUUCCAACUGGUUCAACUUCGAGUACUAGGCUUUUUGAAAGUCUCCGUUUUCUGGAUUUGUCAAUGAACAACAUACAAGGAACUAUACCAGCUGAAAUGGGACUUUUCUCCCGCUUGGAGUACUUGAAUUUGUCUUGGAACAAUCUUAAAUCCAGGAUCCCACCUGAGCUCGGAUUGUUUCGAAACCUUACAGUAUUGGAUCUAAGAAGUAGUGGCUUGCUUGGUUCUAUCCCAGGAGACAUAUGUGAUUCAGGAAGCUUGGACAUUCUUCAACUCGAUGGAAACUCACUAAGUGGUCAGAUUCCUUGUGAGAUUGGAAAUUGUUCAUCUCUCUCCUUGCUGAGCUUGUCCCACAACAACAUAAGUGGUCCAAUUCCGAAGUCCAUUUCAAAGAUCAACAAACUCAAGAUGCUAAAUUUGGAGUUCAACCAACUAAGUGGAGAAAUCCCAAUGGAGCUUGGAAAACUACCAUAUCUCCUAUCAGUUAAUGUCUCUUACAACAGGCUGAUUGGGAGGCUUCCAGUUGGGGGUAUAUUCCAGAGCCUAGACCAAAGCUCUUUGCUAGGUAACUUGGGAAUUUGCUCACCGUUGUUAAAAGGUCCAUGUAAAAUGAAUGUGUCGAAACCUCUAGUCCUUGACCCAAAUGCAUACGAUACUCAAAUUGAUGGUCGUGGUCAUCAGAAACAGAAUCCAACUGAAUCCUCACAGUUCAUAUCAAAAUCGCAUAAAAGCCGAAUGUUCCUCAGUGUAUCUGCCAUUGUCGCGAUUUCAGCUGCAUCCCUGAUCCUUAUUGGAGUAAUUGUCAUUAGUCUUCUCAACAUAUCUGCCAGAAAAAGACUGGCUUUUGUGGAAGAAGCCUUGGAAAGUAUGUGCUCUAGCUCUUCUAGAUCCGGGGCAAGUCUAGCUGUAGGAAAACUUGUUCUUUUCGAUUCAAGAUUUUCCGAAGAGAUUGGAGAUCUUCUGUCUCUACUCAGUAAGGCCUCUGAGAUAGGAGAAGGAGUGUUUGGAACUGUCUACAAAGUCGCCUUGUGUGAUCACCAAGAAAGAGCAGAGUUAGCUAUUAAGAAGCUUGUCACCUCAAACAUAAUCCAGUACCCUGAAGAUUUUGAUCGCGAAGUGAGAAUCUUGGGAAAAGCAAAACAUCCCAAUUUAGUAUCCUUACAAGGGUAUUACUGGACUCCACAAGUUCAGCUCCUGGUAACUGAGUACGCUUCCAAUGGCAGCCUACAAUCCAAACUCCAUGAAAGACUUUCUUCAGUUGAGCCUCUUACAUGGCCUCAAAGAUUCAAAAUUUUGGUUGGAACGGCCAAAGGGUUGGCUCAUCUCCACCACUCAACCCGUCCUCCCAUAGUUCACUACAAUUUGAAGCCGAGUAACAUACUGCUUGACCAAAACUUAAAUCCGAAAAUCUCUGAUUUUGGGCUAGCUAGGCUGCUAACAAAGCUGGACAAGCAUGUGAUAAGCAACCGGUUUCAAAGCGCAUUAGGCUACGUUGCACCGGAGCUGGCUUGCAAAAGCCUCAGGGUGAACGAGAAGUGUGAUGUUUAUGGCUUCGGAGUACUGAUUCUGGAGCUGGUAACCGGGCGAAGGCCAGUCGAGUAUGGAGAAGACAAUGUGGUGAUAUUGAGUGAUCAUGCCAGAGUUUUGCUUGAAGAAGGGAAUGUCUUGGAUUGUGUUGAUGGAAGUAUGGGACAAUACCCUGAAGAUGAGAUCUUACCUGUUCUUAAAUUGGCUUUAGUUUGUACUUCUCAGGUGCCUUCAAUUAGACCUUCAAUGGCUGAAGUUGUCCAAAUUCUGCAGGUUAUCAAGACCCCAGUUCCUCAAAGAAUGGAAAUGUUCUAGUGAAGAAUCAUAUAUUUUUAAUUUAUUUAUUUUUACUGAUGAUGAGAAAUGGUUUAGUGAUAGUUGAAUUGUAACUUUUAAUAGCAUUUCUUAACUUUGUUGUUACAAGUUUCUUCUGCUUAUAAGUUUGCAUAACUGCGUUCUGUAUUUCACAA